AUGAAAUUCAAGUUGUGGAACAAGCAGAAUGCACUUACCGAAGAAGCGUCUUACGAGAAUAUGAAUAAUUCACUGCCCCGUGUUGAAGAAACUGAACGCGCCACAUCCUCAAGCUCUACCCCCGUAGAACCACGACCUCCAGUGGCUUACGGAGUAUGGGAUUUGGUUGACUACACAAAGGCGUUGGACCAAGGUGGACAUCACACUUCUUCUGCAUCGUUCGAUCGGGUUAGCGAUGUGACGCUAGGUGCUCCUUUCGUAACUACCUCAUUCUCAGCGCCAAGUACUCCAUCCAAGAACCAAGGCUCCACUCCCCCACCGGUCAAGAUAAAGAAAAAAGAACCAUACAUUCCAAGCUAUAUGGACCCGUCCAGCGGCCCCGAGCCCUGUGUCGUGUGCGGUGACAACGCAACCGGUUUCCAUUAUCGAGCCAUGACUUGUGAAGGAUGCAAAGGUUUCUUCCGACGAUCUAUUCAGAAGCAGCUUGUUUAUGUAUGCAAGUUUCAAGGCAAUUGUUCCGUUUCCGACAAACACAGUCGGAACAGUUGCCAGAAAUGUCGGUUCGACCGGUGCAUCCGCGGGGGUAUGGCCCGAGAA